UGUAUGUCUCCGGGGAAAAACACCACGUGCGCAUUUUCACUGCGUGUCGCCUGCGUUGCUCUCGGCUCGGGCCGCAGCAGUAAGACGUCGUUAGUGCGGUGCUGCUCGCAGCCUGGAACCGCGGAGAGCCGCAGCAGGCGGCCGGGGGGAGAGGACACCCGAGCCGCACCCGCACCCGCAGCUGGACCCGCAGCUGGACCCGCACCCGGGCUUCCUGACCUGCUGCUCAUCACCGCCACACAACACAGCGACCGAGCUGCAAAAGUCCCGCACCGCAUGACCUCUGCGCUGGGUCGCCGCCUGGUUGCAUGUCUUCUGAACAUCUCUGAGGCUCGGGAAAGAGAUGUGGUGGAGAAGGUGGCACAGGCAGCCAUCACCCACCAGCAUGGAGGAAGACGAAAAGGCGCAACUGUCCUCAACAUCUUCAGUGAUCAUGACUACAACCGUUCCGUUCUUACCAUUGUGGCUGGCAUUGAGCUAAUCGGGGAGGUGGUUCUGUCGGCGUCAGAGCGGGCCUUCUCGCUGAUCGACAUGACGAAGCAUGAAGGAAUUCACCCUUGCAUGGGAGCUGUGGAUCUCGUGCCCUUCUACCCUCUGGGAGAGGAGGUGAGCUUGGAGGAUUGUGGAAAGGAGGCUCAAGCUUUAGGCACUGCUCUGACUGAGCGAGUGCCAGGCACCAGCGCGUUUUUCUUCGGCUGGGCAGAUAUACCACUGCAUCGUGGCCUGGCACACAGGAGGAAAGAGCUGGGCUGGUUCAGGAAGGUUCCCAACAUGGCUGCCGUCCGGCCAGAUGUUGGACCACUGCCCAUGAGACGAUGUGGACUAACAGGCAUCGGCGCAAGCCCUUAUGUAAUGAACUGCAAUGUGACCAUCGAUACCCAGGAUGUGUCGUUAGGGCGGGACGUGGCCGCCGCCAUCCGAGAGUCCAGUCCAGGUGGAAUCCCGGGGGUGCAGGUCAUGGCUCUUCCUCAUGAAGGUACUGUGGAAAUUGCCUGCAAUGUGGAAAGUGUACCAUGUUCAGCUGCUGGAGGGGAAUCGUGGCCAGCAUUCAGAGUUGGGGAUCAGAAAUUCUGCCACGCUCCAGCAUCACUCAUUACCACGCGUGUAACAGAGUUGGCCAGGUGCCGGGGUGUGAGGACACGAGGAACGGCGCUGGUUGGGUUCACACCGCUCGAGUGUAAGAGACUGGCUGAAAGAGCGCUGUCUCAGGAUAUCGGAGAGUUUUGGAAGGAGCUACACGGAGUGCGCAUGUAGCCCGAGCCACUUCACAGGCCUUGGAUAUAAACAGUGCCCUGUCUCAUGUAUUGUGCUGUAACUGUGAAAGUGUUGAUCGUUUAUUAACUUUAGGAUGAACAUAAAAAUAAAAUAUAAAAUAUAAUAGCUGAACAGCUAAACAUACUGCCUAGUGUUACUGUAAAGAUCAAUUCUUUAUCUUUCAAAUAAAAAACUGACAAUCCAA